AUGGACAUUUUACCAGAUCCCUUGAAUGAUCGUGUUGCAGAAUGCCCACCACCUCCUAAUCGACCCCUUCGACGAGACCUUUUAUUUCCCACUGGAGAACUAACAAAUGCUGACUAUAGAGUUCUCAGAGAACACUUAUCAAAAGAAGGGAAACUUGACAAAUCUUCAUUUAUAGAGAUAAUUGAGCAAACCACAAAUCUUUUUCGAUCAGAGCCAAACCUCUUAACCUUACAAGAUCCCGUAACAAUAGUUGGAGACAUACAUGGACAAUACUAUGAUUUAAUGAAAUUGCUUGAUAUUGGUGGGCCUCCUGAUAAUAGAAAGUAUUUAUUUCUUGGUGAUUACGUUGAUAGAGGAUCAUUUUCUAUUGAAGUUAUUACUUAUCUUUAUAUUCAUAAAAUUAGACACCCUACAACGUUUCUCAUGAUACGGGGUAAUCAUGAGUGUAAAAGCUUAACGUCGUUUUUCCAAUUCAGAGAUGAGUGCUUGUAUAAAUAUGACAUAGAAGUGUAUGAUAGAAUCAUGGACAGCUUUUCAUGCAUGCCAAUUGCUUGCUUGGUCAAUAAGAAAUUCUUAUUCCCCUUGGUCAUAGAUAAAGAUUUUUUUACUGAUGUGGUGUUAAUUUAUAAUAUUCUAGAUAAAUUUAAAAAAUCCUUUUAUUAUAUAUUGAAUAAAAAUUUAAUUUAGUUUAUAAAUUUUUAAUUGGAAUGUCAUAUUAUAAUCAUUAACCAUAUCUUUAAUAUAGUUUUUUACAAAUAACUACUUUAAAAAAUUUUUUGCUAUUAUCUUCCCAAAACAAGGAUCUUUUCUAAUGAUUUUGCUCGGCAGCCAAGGGAUGGGGAUUUAGCUUUUCAUGGAGGAAUAUCUCCUCAGCUAAUUAGAGUUGAUGAUAUCAGCAGAAUUGAUAGGUUUGUGGAGAUUCCUAGGCACGGACUGUUCUGUGAUAUUUUAUGAUCCGAUCCUAUAGAUAAUGAAGAAGGGAAAAUGCAAGAUGAUUUUGCACCAAAUUCAUCUAGAGGCUGCAGUUGAUAUUAUGGUUCUGAUAGUGUGAAUAUAUUUUUAAAACGAAAUGGACUACUAUCAAUAAUAAGAGCUCACGAAGUCCAGCUUGAAGGGUUUAGAAUGCAUAAAUGAAACGGAAAGACUGAAUUUCCAUCUGUGAUAACAAUUUUUUCUGCUCCGAAUUACUGUGAUGUAUAUAGAAACAAAGGUGCUAUAUUAAAACUUGACAAUAACGUUCUUAAUAUCUUGCAGUUCAAAAAUGCAGCCCAUCCUUAUUUGUUGCCAAAAUUCAUGGACUUAUUUACUUGGAGCAUUCCUUUCGUCAUAGAAAAAACCUUAGAAAUCCUAAAAGCCAUACUCAAAAAGAAGCCAAAAGAAAUAGAAAAUUUAGAAGAAGACUCGAAUAUCAUAAGUGAAGCGAUGAAACAAGCUGCAGAGGAAAGGAAAAAUAAGCUAAAAAAUAAAAUAAAAAGCGUCAGCAGAAUGCUGAAAAUGUUCCAGACUUUAAGAUGCGAAAAUGAGCUUAUUGUAAAAUUAAAAUCAAUUUGUCAUGAUAAUAAAAUCCCGAGAGGGCUACUUUUAGAAGGCAAAAGUGCAAUAGAAACCUUUAUGCAGGCAAAAGAGCUUGAUAAAGAAAACGAAAUGUUUCGAGAGUAG